AUGUACCUAUCGAAUCUCAUGGUCGCCAAAAGGAAGUUUGAUAUAAAAUGCUCGGCAAACACUAAAUCUGGCCAGUGCAGUUCACGAAUAAACGUUUGCAGUGCCUCCAACUUCCAUAAAAGUUCACUGGACGUUACUGGGGCAGGAUUGGAGGAAAAACCAGGACCGCUGGUGGCCGCAGCAGUUGCAGCGCUUGCAGCUGCGGUAGCUGCAGCCAUGAGGCCACCUCCUGCUCGUCCGGCAGCGGUUGCAGCGUUGGCGGCUCCGGACACUGCGCCAGAAACAAGGGAUCCCAUGUUUGUCAGAGCACUCACAUUCCCCAAGGCAGUCGCUGCGAAACCGGAACCACUAGCUGUGCUAGUGGGGGCGGCAGGCGUUUCUGUUGCAGAACUAUCCAUGACACCGAUGGACUGGGCAAUAGAGGUUUCCAUCAAAUCCACGUAA